AUGACCACUUCGGGCGCUCUGUUUCCAAGCCUGGUGCCGGGCUCCCGGGGCUCCUCCAACAAGUACCUGGUGGAGUUCCGAGCCGGAAAAAUGUCGCUGAAAGGCACCACCGUCACCCCGGACAAACGGAAGGGGCUGGUGUACAUUCAGCAGACCGACGACUCGCUCAUCCACUUCUGCUGGAAGGACCGGACGUCGGGCAGCGUGGAGGACGACUUGAUUAUCUUCCCCGAUGACUGUGAAUUUAAGAGGGUGCCCCAGUGCCCUAGUGGGAGGGUCUACGUGCUCAAGUUCAAGGCAGGUUCUAAGCGCCUCUUCUUCUGGAUGCAGGAGCCCAAGACGGACCAGGACGAGGAACACUGCCGGAAGGUUAACGAAUACCUGAACAACCCCCCGAUGCCCGGGGCGCUGGGAGCCAGCGGAAGUGGCAGCCACGAACUCUCCGCACUCGGAGGUGAGGGCGGUCUACAGAGCCUCCUGGGGAACAUGAGUCACAGCCAGCUGAUGCAGCUGAUCGGACCUGCCGGCCUGGGCGGCCUCGGUGGACUUGGGGCCCUGACUGGGCCGGGCCUGGCCAGCUUGCUGGGGAGUGGAGGUCCACCGGCCAGCAGCUCUUCAUCCAGUUCUCGGAGCCAGUCGGCCGCCGUCACCCCCUCCUCCAACGCCUCUUCUGCCCGCGCCACCCCAGCCCCUUCUGCGCCAGCAGCUGCCUCAGCGACCAGCCCAAGCCCCGCGCCCAGUUCAGGUAAUGGGCCCAGCACGGCAGCGAGCCCAACCCAGCCCAUUCAGCUGAGUGAUCUGCAGACCAUUUUAGCCACUAUGAACGUGCCGGCCGGGGCAGGCGGCGGCCAGCAAGUCGACCUGGCCAGCGUGCUUACGCCGGAGAUCAUGGCACCCAUCCUGGCCAACGCUGACGUUCAGGAGCGCCUGCUGCCCUACCUGCCGUCGGGGGAGUCACUGCCACAGACCGCAGAGGAGAUCCAGAACACGCUGACCUCUCCCCAGUUCCAGCAGGCCCUGGGCAUGUUCAGCGCGGCCUUGGCUUCGGGGCAGCUGGGCCCCCUCAUGUGCCAGUUCGGCCUGCCUGCAGAAGCGGUGGAGGCUGCCAACAAGGGCGAUGUGGAAGCGUUUGCCAAAGCCAUGCAGAACAGCGCCAAGCCAGAGCCCAAAGAAGGCGAGGCCAAGGACAAGAAGGACGAGGAGGAGGACAUGAGCCUGGAUUAG